AUGCCGGGCAGUACAACAAGUGUACCGCCGAGCCCGUCAAUACUGACAUAUGUUUUGUCAGUUGGUGGUCUCAUCGCCUCGCUGAUGCUCACCGCGUUCGGAUUUUCAAACAACGCGUGGAUUGUGCUCGCCAGGCCGAAUAUGGAUGAAUUCCAGGUAACUGGAUGCGGGAAGGAAAAUGUCAUCGCGGCUAAACAUUCAACAAUUUCGUUUUCAGCGGGGAAUACGAGGUCAUGAUUGUUAUAAGCUGACUCACGAGCCAGAAGGACAAAGUCAAAGCAUCAAGUGUCUUCCAUGGGGCUUUGAAGACAAAUCAGCCAAGUUCCCGGAUCCGUUUAACGAGGCUCUCGAAGCCUCCUACGGUUGGAAUCAACUUUAGAAUCAUAAAUUAUAUACUUUUUUUUCAGUAGUCCAUGGAGCUGGUUUGAUUGCCAAGCUGAUUCUUCUCUCUCAAAUCUUCUGGUUGGCCUACACCAUCGGACACUGCUGCAGCCAAAAGUUCUCGGAUAGACUCGAAAAGUUCCGCUUGAUUUUUUUCCACAUCAUAGUGAUCCCCGGUCAGUUAAUAUCUUUGGAUUUUCUUUAAUUUUGCAUUUUCCAGUUGGUCUCUGGAUCAUUCUCUUCGGCCUCAUCGUUUUCGAAACCUACACCGAAAAAAUUCUGCCAGCACUUCUGAUGAAGCCCGAGGUACGUGUCGAUCUCUGAACCAAGAUCCCUCUUACCUAACAUCAAAAAAUCCAAGUGUCAUGAAAUUCAAAUGUCAACAAGAUUUUUUCACACUUUCGUGAACCCGCCCACGAUUCAAUCGAGCGUACUCUCACAAGUUUUUUUAUGAAUCAAAUUUUUAGACGCCUGAGCGUGAAAAUACGAUGCGAAAUGUGACAUUUUCAUGACUAAGAUGUGAAGUGCAUAUUUUCAGUACGCAUAUCGCAUCGGAAAUGGCUGCUGGAUGUUUUUCCUAGGAGGUCUCUUGCCGUUUAUGAUCGCCGUUCACUGUCUGUUUGGAGAGCAGAUGGAUGCUUCGAAGGAGCGACUGAUUGGCCUGCUCCAGCACCGUCAUCGAGUUCCCGUUAACGAGGAGGAGAUGGUCCCACCGGCAUGA